ACGUCACGUUACGUCAUGACGUACAUACGGAGAAAUCGAAACUUACAGCUGAAUCGAAACCCAGCAGAUAUACGGAGAAGUAGGAGCAGAGAGCACAGUCGAGACGAGGAGGAGGAUGAAGAGACAAGUACAGUGAGCUUCUUCUCGUCAUUUAAGAUGGAAACUGGAAACGAUGUCGCCAGACUAAACGAGUACGUGCAGAAAACAGGCUCCAGACUGCAAUACGAGGACCUCGGAUCUGUUGGACCCGCACAUGUUAAAACAUUCACCCAGAGGGUAGUCCUAAAUGGUAAAUUCUAUCCUAAUGGUGUGGGGAAGAACAAGAAGGAAGCCAAGCAAAACGCGGCUAAAAAUGCCCUGAGAGACUUGCUCGGGAGCAAACAAAAGGACUCAGUUGACACAACGGGAAAUACAGCAGAAGCUCCGACUGCACCAGUUCAUCAGACAAGUAUCACUCAAGCCAACUAUACAUGUUGGCUCAAUGAAUAUGGUCAUAAGAACAGGUUGAUUAUAAGGGCUGUGGAGUCAACACAACCGGGACCAUAUGCUAUUCCAUGCUGUAGCUUUGUGGUUGGUGAUAAGGAGUAUCCAGCUGCCACUGGGAAAACAAAGAAGGAAGCUAAGGAGGAGGCAGCCAAGCUUGUAUAUCAAGAGAUAUGUGGCAGUAAAACUACAGAGACUGCCGCAGCUCAACAACAGGAGGAACAGAAUCAAAAUGUGUCUGAUAUCUGUAAUGAGACAAGACGUCUCAGUGUCAACUUUAAGGAGAGUUUUACAGAGACAAACUUCAUCGGAAUUGUUAACAACUACUGUCAGAAAACAAACCGCUGCCAUACAUUCGUUGAAGAGAGGAGAUGCGGUCCAUCUCAUAACCUUCAAUUUUUCUACAAAUUAAUAAUCGACAAGAAGGACUACCCUGUGGGUGAGGGUAGUAGUGCCAAGGAAGCCAAACAAAACGCAGCUCGGCUGGCCUGGUCUGCUCUCCAAGAACAGACGGACUGGGACAGCAAGGUGUCCGUCAGAUCAACAGUGUCCGAGGGUGGUGGACCAUCGCCAUCAACUACCCUGGCGUCCCGUCAAUCAUCAUCACAGAGCACGCCAACGGACACAAGUGGCUCAACAAUAUUCACCGAUCCAUCAAACCCUUCUAAAGCUCAGAUGCCUUUAAGGUCAACUGUAGCUGAAGAGGAUGCACCAACCAGUUGGUCAACUUCACUGGAGUCUCCUGCAUCGUCACAAAGCAUGUCAACGGGUACAAGUGGCUCAGGAAUAUUCACGGAUUCAUCGAACUCUUCCAAGGAUCAGCAUGAUGCCAAAGACCAGAACAUGGGAAACAUUCAGAAUGAGACAUCCGUCCGGUCAAGGUUUACUUCAGAAUUUGAUUCCAUGGAGUGUCUUGGCAGUGGAGGCUUUGGUUAUGUUUACAAGGCAAGAGAUAAACUGCUGAACAGGCAUUUUGCUGUAAAGAUUGUCUACAGUGAAGAGAAAGCUCUUCGAGAGGUGAAGAUAUUAUCAGACCUCAGCCACUGUAACAUCGUCAGAUACUACACAUUCUGGAUGGAAGAUUCAGCAUACAAAAGUAAUGAAUCAACUGACGGUUCAACUGGCAGUUACGGCUCUUCCCAAUCUAAAGAUAAUUCAUCAGCAAAGUACCUCUAUAUUCAGAUGGAGUUAUGCGACACCAAAACACUGAAAGCGUGGAUUGAUGAGAAGAACGCUCAGACUCUGCAAGACUCUAAGAGAAGAGAAGAAAGUCUAAGCAUUGCUCAACAAAUUGUUAGUGGAGUCGAGUAUAUUCACUCCAAGAAGCACAUCCACAGGGACCUUAAGCCUGACAACAUCCUGUUUGGACUGGAUGGAGAAGUGAAGAUUGGGGACUUUGGUCUGGUCACCAGAGAUGAUGAUGACGAUGCUUUGGUGGAGAGAACCGAGAACAGAGGAACCCGAUCUUACAUGGCUCCUGAACAAAGGGAGAAGACCUAUGACCGGAAAGUGGACAUAUUUGCUCUGGGGUUGAUAUACUUGGAACUCCUUUGGAAAGUCUCUAGUGGCCACGAGAGAGCAGAGAUUUUGAAGAAUGCCAGACGUCAGAUGCUCCCCAAAGACUUUUUACAGACUUUUCCCCAAGAGAACCAAAUCAUUAAGUUAAUGCUGCGUGAGAAGUCAGAGGAGCGACCUGAAGCAAGUAAACUGAAGGUAGAGCUGGAGAAGUGGGCUCAGACAUUCAACGCACAAAAUGAGCAUCACAGAAAUGCAACAUUCGUUAUGAGGGCUGUGAUCAGUGGUACAUUUUGUCCCAUCGGUGUGGGGAAUACCAAAAAGCAAGCCAAGCAGAGCGCAGCUAAAAGUGCCCUGAGAAGUUUGAGCGAGAAGGAGAAUCAGACACUAGCGACAUAUGUCACUAAAGCCAACUAUGUAAGCUUGCUCAAUGAAUAUGGUCAGAAGAAAAGGGUCAAUUUCAGGGCUGUGCAGUCACCCAGGCUGGCACCAAAUAAUGCUACUCAAUGCUGUAGGUUCGUGGUUGGUGAUAAGGAGUAUCCAGCUGCCACUGGGAAAACAUGGAGGGAAGCUAAGGAGGAAGCAGCCAAGCUUGCAUAUCAAGAGAUAUGUUGCAGUAAAAACACAGAGGAACAAAAAUCUGCAAUGAAGCCCAGAAGACUAUUCGAAACAAAUGUCCAGGAUUCCCGGCAAAGCAGCAGUGAGGAUGCAGUGAUUCCUGAGAAAGUGACCACAGGAAACAGUCCCAGUGAGAAGACAUCAACCCAAUCAGAAAUGUCGAGGUUUACAUCAGGAUUUGACUGCAUCGAGCCCCUCGGCAGAGGAGCCUUUGGUCAUGUUUUCAAGGCAAAAGAAGAACUGACGGGGAAGUUUUAUGCUGUAAAGAUUGUCCUCUGUAGAGAGAUCAAAAAGGAUCUACGAGAGGCGAUUGCACUAUCAGACCUCCAUCCCCGUAACAUUGUUCGAUACUAUACGUGUUGGUUGGAGAAUUCAGGAUACCAUUGGGACAACGCAGACGACAGUGGCAGCUCUUCACACUCUUCUAUCGAGUCAUCGAUGAAGUACCUCUAUAUUCAGAUGGAGUUGUGUGGCAAAACACUCAGAGUUUGGAUAGACGAGAAGAAUGCUCAGAACUUGAUGAAAUCUCUGCGAGACUCCAAGAGGAGAGAUGAAAGUCUAACUAUUGCUCAGCAAAUUGUCAGCGCGGUGGAGUACAUUCACUCCAAGAAGUUCAUCCACAGAGACCUGAAGCCUGCCAACAUCUUGUUUGGUCAAGAUGGGGAAUGGAAGAUCGGAGACUUUGGUCUGGUCACUGAGGAGAACGAUGAUGAUGAUGACAUGAACCUGAUGGAGAGAACGGUGUACAAAGGAACCCCAUCUUACAUGGCUCCUGAACAAAGCAAGAGGAAUUAUGACCGAAAAAUUUAUAUAUUUCCUUUGGGGUUGAUUUACUUCGAACUCCUUCAUCCAAUUUCCACUGGUCAUGAAAGGGGAGCGGUUUGGGGCGACGUGAGAGCACAGACAUUUCCCGAGGGGUUUCAACGCAAUCUUCCCCAAGAGUACAUCAUAAUAAGGUCAAUGCUGUGUGAAAAGCCAGAAGAGCGACCCGAAGCAAGUAAGCUCAAGACGGACUUGGAAGAGUACCGACUCAACACUCAAGAGACCGCUGUGAAUCUAAAAACUGAGACAUAUUUUGUCGAUCUGAAGUAAAUGGGGGCUGUGCUUAACAACAACAAAACUAUAUCAAGUUUUGAUCUCAAGCAUACGUUAAAUAUU